AUAUGCGAUAUCUUACUUAUCUUAGCAACGUUCACAUUAGGACAUGGUUUUCUUAUCACUGGAAAUAUUCCAGUAUCGCAUUCGUGAUUUGAUUAAAAUCGAUCGUUUAAUAUAAAUUGUUAGAAUAACCGUCAAUAAGUCAAUUCAAUUUUUCUAUUGAAGAUCAACUAACGGAAAGAUGGCCCUCCUCAAGUUGACUGCUGUUCUUUUGGCUGUUGCUCAGGUGUGCACUGCUGGACCAUGUGGCUGCUCCUACUCAGCCCCAGCUCCAUCCUGCGGCUGUAGCUCUGCCCCAUCCUACUCCUACACCCCAUCUGCCCCAUCCUGCGGAUGCAGCUCUGCCCCAUCCUACUCCUACACCCCAUCUGCCCCAUCCUGCGGAUGUGGAUGCUCUGCCCCAAUCACCGUCUCCCAAUCGGCCCCACAAUACUCGUGCGCUCCAGCCCCAUCAGUCUCCUACAACUUCCAGACCGUCCCACAGGGCUCCUGCUCCUGCACCCCAUCCUGCCCAUCCCCAGACACCACCAUCAUCCCAGUCAGCUACUCCCUCAAGUCCUCCGGCAACCGUAAGGUCAUCUCCCAGCCAUCCUGUGGAUGCUCUGCCCCAGCCCCAUCCUGUGGAUGUGGAUACUCCGCCCCAGCCCCAUCCUGUGGAUGCGGAUACUCUGCCCCAGCUCCACAAUGCCAAUGCCAGGAGCCAUGCCCACAGCCAAUCACCAUCUGCACCCAGCCAAGAUACCAGCAACUCGAGUACGUCACCCAGGAGCCACUCAUCGAGGAGGAGAUCUUCAUCAAGCAGAAGCCAGCUUCCAGGAACGUCGUCAUCCAGGAGGAGUUCACCGUGCCAAUCACCAAGGAGAUCCGUGAGAGCCAGCUGGUCAUCGAGCAGCCAUCUUGCGUCACCUACACCCCAAAGGUCAACUACACCCCACAGGUUUCCUACACCAGCAACGUCGACUACUGCCCAUCCGCCCCAUUCUGCCAGCCAAUCCAGCAACAGAAGAGCUGCUGCUGCUGUUGCUAAGCAACUCAGCCCCAUACAAAUUCGAAAAUUUGAAAAAAUGCUCAACAAAAUGAGAAAUGCUUUCUCGAUUUCUGCAGUCUAGACAGGGAUGCUCUAUUUCAUUCCUUCUAAACGAUCUGUGCUUUACUAGUCAAUAUUUCAAAAAUUUGAAACACAAUAAAAUUAUGUUUCCCCUCUAAA